GCGAAGACUACCAGCAUUCACUUGUCUGUCAUCGGCAGACUCUGAGGUGGAAGACGGCAGCGGUAGACUGUACAAAGCUCACUCUGUGCACUACAGUUACUACAGUAACUUCAAAAAGUUAACGCGGUUUAUGCCAUGGCGAGAGAGUAAGUAAAUGGCAUUGCCUCCUCAGGACCGGUGUGAAAGCAUUGAGAGAGCAGGCUUCUUGAUUUUAUGAAGGCGGAGGAAUGGCUCGGAACAGCUGUAAGAGCACUGGGGAGUUGAUCAACGGAUUACGACCUUCUUGAUUUGAUCUUCCCCUGAUUCUCACCCCUGUGCUCCUCGGUUGGGCGUCAUCGAAGUCCGUGGCACUUGCUGACGUGUCACCUGGUCCCGUGGUCCCGAAGAGGAAUACGCCGCUCCAGCGAUCUGAAAUGGUUGGCCUCUCAAAGGUCGUCCUACCACAAACUGACAGGUGGCUAGCUGGGAUCUCGUUCCAGCCAUGACCUUCUUGAUUUGGUCCUCCCCUGAUUCCCACCCCUUUGCUCCUCGCUUGGACGUCAUCGAAGCCCGUGGCACUUGCUGAGGUGUUGUCACCUGGUCCCGUGGUCCCGAAGAGGAAGAUGCCGCUUCAGCGACCUGAAAUGGUUGGCCUCUCAAAGGUCGUCCUACCACAAACUGACAGGUGGCUAGCUGGGAUCUCGUUCCAGUCACAGCCCGAACGGCAAAGAGCGCUCGGAAUCGACUAUCCCACGUGCAUAGAGUGGCGGGCAUGGCGAGCUGGAAGGACCUCUACGAAAGCUUUGGUACUGAGGAACAUAUCGAAUCGCACGGUUCUUCUGCGGUACCGACAACUUGCGACACCCCAUUUCGUGAUGGACUGCCCGAACCCGCUGAAGCUCAGUCCGGGGAUGGCAGUUGCGGGUGCUGUCACUUUCUGUGCGCCAUCGCGAGAGCACUAUGACAAAGGGGUAUUACACUACGCCGACGUUGUGCAUUUCUCAGCAAUGGGCAAGAAGGGGGGCUCUCGGGGUGCAGGGCAGGAUGAGUCAUUCAGCGUCAACUUGAGAGCUGUGAUGGCCAGCGUGCGUCUGAUUAUGCCUACACGAGUGGAUUUCGGCUACGCUUGCGUGGGCGAGUGGACGGAAAGAAAGGUGCAGAUACAAAAUGUGGGAGAAUUUGGGGUGCGCUACGAGUGGAAGGUGGACAACCCGUUCGAUAUUGAUCCAGACGAAGGGGCCAUCAACGCUGGGGAGGGCACCAUCGUCACACUUCGGUACCGGCCUGAAGCGGCAUCCUUUCAAACUGGCAUGGCAUUUUGCUUCACACAGGGAGGUCUCGGCAACAAGCUGAAAUUAACAGGUGUGGGGAAGUACCCAGCGUUGGUUCUCUCUCAAACAUCUCUCGACUUUGGAAAGGUAAUCAGCGGCUGCAGUUUGGAGAGGGAGAUCAUUUUGAGGAAUUCAUCGGCGGUUAGUGCGACGUUCCUUAUAAAGAGAGUGUCGGACCUCGCAACAGAUCAAGACCAUACGGUAUCUGUGUCCCCUUUGCAAGGGUUGGUUCAGCCCGGUUCACAUAUUUUGCUUAAGAUCUCCUUUGCACCAGUGGCAACUGGGACACACUCUGUCGAGUACUUCAACAUACUAUCGAAUCUAUUGACUGGGCCACCUCUCACUGUCUGCGGUAUGGCCGUAGGACCAUCCAUCUCUCUUUCACCACCAUCGCUUCACUUUGGCACCGUCACUAUUGGGUCCUCGAAAGCUCGAUCCAUGCUCCUUGAGAACCACUCAGAAGUUCUAGUGCACUAUCAAGUUAUGGUCGAGGACGCAGGAGUCUUCCAAUUUGAUCAGAUGAAUGGUGUCAUUCAGCCGUGCUCAUGUGUCGCAGUGACAGUUCAUUUCAGGCCAAUGGGCCCUAUGCAUUACUACAAGCAUGCCAUAUGUGUUGCCAAGCAUGCUCAAACCCCACUCGUGUGUGAGCUCAUUGGGAUGGGAUUUCUGAAGCGGUUGUUGCAUCCAGGACAGUUAUUCGGGCAACAUAGUGACAAGUACAGAGACGGUCCUGGCUUGGGAUCCUUUGAAACACAACUCGUAGACAAUCCAUAUGUGAAGACUGUCACGAGCCUUCCCAAAAAAGCAGGAUUCCCACACAGUCUGCAAUCCAGACAAGUGAACAACGAUUAUAAACUGGAUCAUAGUGAUAUUAUUAUGCCAGUUGUUGAGCAGCAGAACCAAUUAUUAUCAGAUCAUGAUGCUGCGUGGACCACAGCAUCGAAAGUGAAACAACUGUUGCAAAUGUCUGCGGGUAAGGAACGUGUAUCUCAAGCCCCCAUGGAUGUGCUCGACGCAACAGAUUUCGCCAUGGACCUUGCACAUGAAGAUCAAGCAAAGCAGACGCACGUUCCGGAAGAGAUGUCCUUCUCGUCCGCUUGGGAGGUGCUUUUCCGGAAUGGUUGUGCGUGGCCUUGCUGCUGGGCGACUGGCAUCCAACAAUCCGAGCUCAUUUCACUUCAACCGAGCAAGAUAGACUUUGGUUCGUGUUCUCCUUUGCAUGCAUCGAAGUAUCAGAGAGUCAAUGUGACGAACAACGACACUCAGCCAAUCAUAUGUGUAUGGAUCAUUCCCAAUUGUGAGGAUAGUGUCCACUCACCUGGUGGAGGGAAAAGAGACCACAACCUUGGACAUGAGCAAGAGAUGUCUGGUGCACGAGCAGGUUUGACACCCAUUGUUUUGGGACCCAUAUUUCAGGCCUUCCCGAAACAGGCAGAGAUAAGGCCUGGUGGGACUUUCACGUUCAGGCUCAUAUUCCAACCAAGAAAGAGCAACUGCUACUACUCAAAGAUGCUGGAGUGUAUCGCAUAUCGUAACCAUACACCCAUUUUUCGUAAGGCUCAUUCAGACGAGCUCGUUCACCCCUACUCCAUUUGCAUUAACGUUACCGGGCAUACAUUUCAAAAAGACACUCAAGAGUUCAUCCCAAGAGGUUCUUUCGCACCUUCAACCAUUCGCUUCCCACCUGUUCACAGCGGUUACCCAUCUUAUCAGACGGCUAUACUGCGCAACAAUGGUCACACUCCACUGAGGUUCAUGUUUGUGGAAGACAAUCUACAUCCAGCAUUCCAAUUAAGACCGAUGGAGGGUGUGGUUGCAGGGAACGAUUUCCAAAUCGUCGCAUUUAGAUACAAGUCAUGGAGCCCGAAGUCCCAAAAAUGCCAGGUUCUUUGCGUUCUGAACCACUCGAUAAGACAUGCUUUGACUCUCAAUCUCCAUGGGUACUCCUGUGCUGCAAAGCUGCAGUUGGGAACGGGUGCCAAGCUCGUAUUCAAAUCCACCUGUGUUGGCACCAUGUCCAGGAGGUACCUGAGGUUGCAUAACACAUCGCCCAUCCCCGUGUGGUUUCGAUGGAUCAUACCGAGCAAGAGCUGCCACAUCUUCCACGUGAGUCCGGACACAGGGUUUCUCCGUGGCAACGAGGUGAUCUUCGCUACAUGGUUGUUUGCACCUUUGACACGAGCUAAGUACAAUUUAAAAGUGAUUUGUGAAGCUUACGCGACUGGGCCUCCUCCUCGGUCAGUCCCAGCCAUUCCCACUAGAGCUAGGGGAGUCGAUGAUCCCAUCACCGAACCGUUGCCGAUGCAUACGGCUGUAACGGCUCCUCUCGACUUUCGGGCGGUAUACACCAUGGCCCGUAGCAGGAGAGAGAGUAAUGGACACCGAGACGAUUCUCAAGAAUCUCAACAACUACCACCAGGGCAGGUGCUGCCAGCUUGGGAUGUCGCUCAUCCUCCUGACUACAAAGCUAUCCUUGCUCUUGAAGCUGAUGGGACUUGUGGACUCGUGACAAUAGAGCCAACCCUGCUAGACUUUGGAGCGGUAAUUGCCGGUUCGCGAUCAUCUAUGGACUUCAUAAUGUAUAAUCACUCCGACUGCGAUCUCUUUUAUGACCUGGCGUAUAGGGAGGAGGACAAGCACUUGCGCGAUGUAGUAGGAGUGACAAGUAAGAAGCGGAAUCGUGAUACAACGCUUGAGGUGCCGGACGAACAUCACGGACUUCCCGGCGUAACGCUGGUUAACGAUGUCAGGCUGCAGCUAUCCGAGUCGAGGGGCGUGCUACCAUCACGCUCACACAAGAGGAUCGAAGUGUCCUUUAAGCCGAUGCGUCGUGCCCUGUACUCGUAUCAGAUCGUUUGCUGGGUUGUUGCAUUUAACCAUUUAGUCAUCCCAGCAGGCAGGAGCCGGGAGCGUGCUAGUCAGUUGCAAAUUGACAGCACCGAUCUCACAAGCACGUUGGGAAGUAACAAGGAAAAGCGACAUGACGAGGGGGAAACGACGGCAUCGAAGAGCAAGUUUGAUAUUAGGGGAUCAAAUAUGGCUCCCGGGUGCAGGGUAGAAACGCCGGAGAUGCUAGAGGCAGCUCGCAGGGCACGACGGAGUAUUGAGUUUGAAGGUCAGUUAGCGAUUGAGACGGGUGAUCCUAGAUCAUCAGGCACCGCAGCCGAGGUUCGCAUGUCAGCCCAUGCCACUUUCCCUGCCUUAUCGAUCAUCGAGACGAGGUGUUUUGGGCUGAGCAAGACGCAAGCUUGGAAUCAGCUGAACGUCGAUGCGAUUAACCAUGAGCUGUCACUUCCCCUUAGCAAGAGCGAGAUCCUUCUUAACAGCACGGGUAGGUAUGAGACCUUUGCCGCCACCUUGAACCGGCUCCAGCCGAUGCCGUUCGACUUCGGUGCGAAAUCAUGGAGAUCGGAGGCGACUACUAUCCAUGUACUCUUCAAGAACGUGGAGGCUUUGCGCGCCACGUGGAGGCUCAGAAUAUGGGGCCAAGGGGAUCUCAACAUGGAGGGUUGGGUGGAUGGAGGAGAACCACUGAGCGCGGAGGAGCGAAGUAGAGCAGCUGUUGUUGAGAACGAAUUGUUCAGCGUCUACCCGACUGCAGGAGAGUUGGGCCUUGGAGAGACUGUACAUAUUGUAUUUUGUUAUUAUCAUGACGUUGUUGGGAAGCACGAACUGCCGGCCGUCCUGGAGGUGGCACAGGGGAAAUGGAUCCAUCUCAAUCUGAUCGGGACCACCUACGAAUCAGCGGAACUCGUGUCCUUCUCAGGGCAAGAGCUCCGGUUUCGACCAUUUCCCAUUGGGGAGAAAUCACCCCUCAUUCAGACAUAUGAGAUACGAAACGGUGGUCCCUCUGCGUUACCUUAUUCCGUAAGCAUGGCUCCCUUGAGAAGACUGAGACAAGAGAACUUCGAUUUUCAAGUGGUGAGUUGUACGAACGCUCAAGGCCUGCUUCCGGUCGCCAACUCGGUCCAAUUGAAGUGGACAUUUAUGCCCUUGGAGGAGAAAGAGUACAGCGUUGAGACAACGUUGCAGGUCGGCAGUGAAGAGCGGAUAUGUCUACGCGUCGUCGGGCACGGAUUCCAGCCGUGUGCCAGAAGAAGAUGGGCUACGCUGUCCUCCACAGAGCACCAAGAUAUUGUUGAUGGAAUGCCAUUGGCCGCGAUGGUUGAACCUGCCAGUGGGCCUUCCAAUUCACUAUGCGGAAUCCCCUCGAAGAAGAACCCAUUGCCCCAAGACCCCCGUUUUUCGAACAUUUCUUGGCCCCGCGAGGCAGUUGGAAGGCCUUCUAAAAUGUACUAUGGGCUUAAAUCGAGAAAUGGGCCUAGUGAUUACCAUUAUUCGAUCUCAAAAGGGCAAGCCCUAAGGACUCGUCAUCGUCAAAUUCUGAUUCUUCCAUAUCAACUUGGAAUGCUUUCGACUGAAAUUGUCCUAUUUGGGAAGGUGCCCCAGCAUUCAAUAAACCGACAGAUUGUCAUUCUCCAGAAUAGAGUCUUCACCACCAAGGUCAAGUUCGCUUGGAGGCUUGGACACGAGGGCCAGAAGUCCGCUCUCGGUCAUUUGGCUGUCAUCCCAGCGGAAGGAGUUUUGGACCGCGCCCGGAAAUGUGUCUGUAAGAUCGUCUUCGCUGCAAGCUCCCAUUCCCAAUUCUUUGAGACCGUCUUGCGCUGUGAUCUGGAGCCUCUUCCAAACAUCGGCAACGACGCUUUCACCAAAUCCACCAUACCUCAGUUCUCUGAGGAGAGCUCAAAGAUGACACGCAACUCAAAGGAUGGUCGACAACCGGCAACUCAAUUUCAUAAUGCUCAGAUGAACAUUGGUCUCCGAUCGUCCUUGUACCAACUCGACCAUCUUGCAAUCACUGAUCCUGGACUGUUGGACUCCGAUCAUAGGACUGCGACAGAAUCUGUGAUUGCCAAUGGGAGGAGGGGGAGGAGGUCCUCGGAUUGCCGGCAAUGGAGUGCCACAAGCCAAAUGAUGGUAGAGAAACAGAUGGAAAACGAAAACGGCACGAACGUCAUUGCUGACGAAACGAAGGACGUGACGUUGACACAGCGUAGUCAAGAUAUUAUUAGGGAAGACUUGGACAAAGUGGCCGCAUUCCACACUAGAAAGAAUAGCAAGACUUUUCAAUCUGCUUUGAGGGCCACAACUGAAAACGUAUGUCGCAGGUUACCCCGACUGGCUGAGAAUCUCGUCUUCGCCAAUACUUUGGAGGAAGUGGAAAACCGACGGGGGCAUCCUAACCUUGACCGCCCACAAAACAAGACCGUACUCUGCUUGACAGUUUCUGCAUACGUGCAAGCCAUCGACGAAAUCAAACUAUAUCCAACGUCGGACAUUAACAUGUUUUUCAUUCCUCCAUUGAAGCGUCCUGAUGGAUCUUCCUCUGACACUGACAGGCGUGCGGCCUUGGGCAAGGGAAAUCUUCCGUCUGGCCAGAUCGCAGGUCGACCCGGAGAGGAAGAAAGCAAGCAUGAAGAAGAAGUUGUAAGCGUCGCCUCCACUCAGGUUGGUCAGCGAGUAAAAACUAUUCAGGACAUACUGCGCCUGCUGCUGCAGCUUAGCUUGGCCGGAGUGGUCUCUACCGGAGUACUCUGUGUGCCGAACAGGGAAGCACCAAGCUUCUUUACCCAAUGGCAACUGAACACGAGCCCUCCGUUGAGCCGCGACUCUACUACCGACGACACGUCCUUUACAACUUCCGAUUCAUUGACGGAUCAUGGCGUCGGUUCCGAUCUGGCAAUAGUAGAAAGAGGUGAGCAUGGGCGCUUGUCUGCAUCUCAACCAGCAAGGACGCAUGAUGAUAAUGAUAACUUUGCCACAUCUACUACAAUGUCGCCACUAGACUCUUUGGGGUCUUCCCAUACCAACAACGUCAUCCUGGCAGACAAAGAGGGGACCGAACACCUUAAUGGCUCCGGUAAUACCAUAGUUGCCACCACUGUCUCACUCUCUGAGCCUGGCUCAAAGGGGUUAUCAGAGCCCAGAACACAGGACGUACUACACCUUCACCAAGCGGCACUUCUCCCCCUUACCGAUGGCCUCAGCCCCCCCCAGGCACUUCGUGAACAGAUCGCUGACGAUUUGACAGCUGCUUCUGAGCUACAAAAUGUGCUGUCAGAAACAGCGACCCAUACAGAAGUUUCUGCAGAAAUACCCGAAACGACUCGCAGCAUUGCAGGGACAACAGGAGGGCAUAAUAAAGGCUCAGGCAACCUUGGUCUCUCAGAACCUUUUAAUAGGAUCAAGGCUAGUCAUCAGCGGGAUGUGCCGAGGACUGUGCAGGCCCAAGGCUUCUUUGAAAUCGCAGAAUUCGUGCUCGAGGAAACUCUCUUCUGCAUUAUACGAGAGAAAUUGUCCGGUCACGUUGGUGCGAUUUGAUCGAGAGUGUCUAAUGGUCGGCUAACCAAGGUCUAACCCAUGAGCCCCCUACCUCUGAGUACCAACCCAGCACGGCGCGGUUCAUAUAUGGCUACUGUUGGUUGUUGAAUAUGCUGGUAGUUAUGUGAGCUAGUGUGAUAUCAUAGUCUGUAUGGAUAAAUGUGGUUUCUUUGCAAGGAAGAUGAGGAAGACCACAUACUGGAACUGCAGCAGAAAACGAGGAGAAGGAAGGGACGGGAAGGGAAGGAGCAAGGGGUCAAUGUUUUCAGGGGAUGGGUUUUACAAAGGUGGGAAGCAGAUUGCAGUGAAGAAGCUUGUAGGGACUGGUUUGGUUGGCUUUGUCCCUGAGUAAGUAUGCCCUGGUAUAAGGAAGGCAAGUGUUACUUUAGGUUUAGGAAGCCAGAAUAG